AAGCUCAAGCCACGGAAGGCCGCCAUCAAGUUGACGCCCACGGCUGUCGACCACCUUCGCGCGCUACUCGACCAGCCCGAGCCACAGCUGAUCAAGAUUGGUGUGCGCAACCGUGGUUGCAGCGGCCUGGCCUACAACCUCGAAUACGUGCAGAAGCCUGGUCCGUUUGAUGAAGAGGUUGAGCAGGACGGCGUCAAAGUCUUGAUUGACAGCAAGGCGCUAUUCAGUAUCAUCGGCAGCGAGAUGGACUGGGUCGAGGACAAGCUCAACCAGCGCUUUGUGUUCCACAAUCCGAACAUCAAGGAAGAAUGCGGCUGCGGAGAGUCGUUUAUGGUGUAG